UUUAAUGAAAGUUUUUAUGUGUGUUUAACGUUUUCUUUCGUGCUUCGCUUAUAAGCUGAACGGGAAAGUCUCUUCCCCGGAAGGAUGUAUCUUUACAUACGCCUUCAUAAUCUGUUGUUAUGAAUCUUUGUGUUUUAUGUUGGAAGUUCUGGCCCUAGCCAGAAUCUAUGCGUAGGAACCAUGCUUUAUAAGGAAGAACCUGCUGUAACAUGUUUUGUUCAUGAUCUGAUUCCCGUGUUUUUGAGUUCUUGAUUCUUUGGACGAGCCGCUAUGUAAAUCCUUUAAGACCAAAAGGCUAUUGUGGAAAAGAGGUACCCGUGAGGCGAGAAGGCCGUUUAGGGGAAAAAGUACACAAACGGUGAGGUUUGAAUGGGAUGACAAAGGUGUCGCACAUAGUGUUCUAUGAAAGGAGAAUAUACCAAGUUUUCAAAAUCGGGGGAAUCAUACCAUAAGCUUACCAUGUUUCAGUUUGUUCUUUUUUAUAAUAGAUGUGUUAUCUGUUCGUAAAACCCUGUUCCUGUGAAAGGAAUUUUUCCAACCUAAAACUAAAGACUCGUAAAUAGAGUGUGAAGUUGUAUGCUUGAUACAUAGGACUGCGGGAUAAAAAGAGAUGAGUACCUAGUAAGCUCAAGAACAUUUUGAUUUCGAAAAAUCAUACCUUAAGCACCCUUUGAUUCCAGAAAACUGUGUUUUUCAAAAAAUCCAAAAAUAUUUACUAGCCAAAAUUAAUAGUUUACUGAUUUUUUUUCGUAUUAUUAUAUGCAUAAAAUAAAAUAUUUGAAUCCUGAAAUAUACCCAAACCAUAAACAUAUAAUAUGCUAACUCAAACAGACCCAAAAAUUUACAAUAGACAAGCGAAACAAAUAGCUAGAAACAAAGUUAUAAAAUAUCUCAAAAAGUUUGUAAUUGUUAAGAAAUUUAUAAAAAAAUUAAAACAAUUAGUGUUUAAUAACAGGAUAGAGGAACAAUGGCAUAUGUUAGAAUAUUAUGCACAUUAUCAAUCAGAUGAUAGUUACACAGACUACUCAGACUAUGAAGAAUAUUUAUACAACGAAUGGUACGAACACUGAACGUUUGCCAUACCACUACACCACCAUAUGAAUCGGCUAGAAUACCUCAACUUAGAACUAUACCAAAAGUCUAGAAGUACUGUAAAAAACAACCAAUUUAGUCAUUAUUGUUAUUUUCAAAAUGGAAAACAUCUACUUCAUAAUGAGGACACUAGUCCUAUGUCUCAACAACUGAAUAGUAUAACCGAUCUACACAUUUCCUUAGCACAAAGCCUAGAAUCCUACAAUACUAAAAAUCAGGUCUUUUUACAACCCAUAUUUGAUACUUUAAGAAAUAUUUUUAAAGACAUAUUAGAAAACCAAAGAUAUCUAAAGGACUAACUAGCCACAAUUUUGAGUAAACUAGGAAGCUUACAAGAAUAUAAAGAUAAUACUGAAAUCAUAAAAUUAAUAACUGAAAUCAAGCAAAUAAUCCUACGCUGAAUAUGGAUUAUAUUUUGAAAACCUUAGCCAAAAUAGAGUAUAAACAUGAGCAUGAAUGGAAACGUAGAUCAGGAAGUAGCGACCAUCCAUGCAUCUUUUGUAAUGGGUAUCCUAGUAUAGAACUAAAACUAAGAUUUCAGUGCAAGGUUUGUAUGACUGAAGCAUGCAAAUUUUGUCUAGAACAAAGACAGGAUCAAUUUCUUCUAGAAAAAAUUGGACGAAAAGAUGACACUAUAGAAAAACGAAUUCUUCUAUUUGAAAAUAGAAUGGAUGAUAUAGAAAAAACUUUAGCCAUAGCUGAACUAAAAUUAGGAUCUUUAGAAAACAAGAUAAUAAAGCUUGAUCCAACAAAUUUCGAGAUGCCAAAUAUCAAGGGAAAAGGCAUAAUUUUGGAAAAAGGAGAAAGGGCACUAACUACUAUAACAUUUCCCAAUAUAAAGACUGACCAUAGGGAACAAAGAAGAACAACUAUCAGGAUUCCUUGUAUAUUCAAAAUAGAUAAGUGGAAAUUAGAAAUAGAUGCCUUAAUAGACACAGGGUGUAGCGUCUCGGUAUUAGACAAAGCAUUAGUUCCACCAGAAUACCACUGAAGUUUAGACCUUGCCUUACAACUUUGGGCAGAAAAAAUGGAUGGAUCCUUACACAAAUAUGAUGAAGAAAUAUGCAAAUAUAAAAUAGCUUUUAGACUAUCUGAAGAAGAACAUACUGCCUAUCAACCAGGGCCUAAGACAUUCAUUAGACACAUGCAAUUACAUGAUAGUACAAAAUGCAUUAUAGGGUUAAAUUUCAUUCUAGAGAAUAUGGCCGGGUGUGUCAUAACCAGGACUGGCCUUUCUUUUCUUACCAACCAAGUUUCUUGGGUCCCAGAAUGGAAAUUAUAUGGAAACAAAGACUGUAAAUGUAAAAUUCCAGGAGCCUGCUGUUGACGGGUUUUGUUGUUCGGGUCCGGAUCCGUACCCGAUCCGGUUUGUCCUAAUUAGGACUACUUAUACUUCUGUAAACCCUAAUCUUUGAGUUAAUGAAGUGUUGAAGAGAGAGAGUGUCUGGAGGCUAGUGGGCACCAGACCUCCUCACCCGUGGUUUUUCUUCCCUCGAGUCGAGGGUUUUCCACGUUACAUCUGUGUGCUUUCUUCUACUCUCGUGCACAUUUUGUUUCUACAUGGUAUCAGAGCCGUCGGACUUGGAGAAAACAAAAUCUGUUUUUUGUUCUAUGGUUGUGAAGUUCCAACCCUGACUGCCGCCGCCGCUACCACCGUCGCCGUCGCUACCACCACCGCCGCCGCUGCCCUUGCUGCGCCGCCGCUGUCCUGGCCGUGACCGUGACCACCGCCGCUGUCGCCGCACCGUGGCCACGUGACUGCCUCCGUCGCUGCCCCGCCGUGGCUGUGACCACUGCUGCGUCGCUGGUGUCGUGACUGCCGACGCCAACGUCUCUGCUGACGCCUCUGCCGACGCCGACGUCCGACCACCGACGCCGACGUCCGACGCCGUCGCCUCUUCUCGGCGCGCGCUGCCAAGCGCGGCCCUCUGCUUCCGCUGCGUCCUGCUGCGUCCCGCUGCGUCCUGCUGCGUCCUGCUGCUUUCGCAGCUCCCGCCGCUUCCGCCGUUGAUCCCCGACUGCGUCAUCUCACCUCUUCUCUCGGUUACUGCUGCUGUGUGUGUUCUUUGGCAGCCACUUCUACCUCGUGAUCAUGGCUGACUCGUCUUCUUCUUCAGUCAACACUACUCUGCCUGAUGUUGUGUCUGCGCGGACUGAUCAUGUACCGGUUCAGGUUACCACCAUUCAACUUACCAAGGAGAACUAUUCCCGAUGGUUUGCUGCGAUUACCAUGGGGAUUGCUGGGCGAGGACGCAUUGCCUAUGUGAAUGGGAGAAAGGUUGAACCUGCUGCAGAUAGUCUGGCUUGGGAUACAUGGUUUCUUGAAGACAACCAGGUCAAAACCUGGAUUGUCAAUUCAGUGUCCCCGGAUAUCCAACCCCUCAUUCUUCGUAAGAAGACUGCAAGGGAUAUGUGGAUUAUUUUGGAGCAGAUGUAUGGCCAAAAGAAAAGGAAAGUUCGUGUGUAUCAACUUAUGAAGGAUGUGUAUUCCCUGCGACAAGGUGCUCUCUCGGUUGCAGACUUUUAUGCAGCAUUAAAAUCUAAGUGGGAGGACCUUGACUAUCACUCUGAUAUUCCAUGGAGGUGUCCUCACGACCAGAUGCAGUACAUGACUGAUAAAUGGGAAAACAGGGUAUUCCUUUUCUUAUCCGGACUGAAUGAUGACUUUGAAAAUAUAAGGAGUCAGAUUCUUAACUCUGACGAAUCAUUUAGUAUUGAAGAUGUCUAUUCCCGUGUUGAAGCUGAAGAACAGAGAAGGCUGCUCUCUAGUGGACGAAAGGGGGAAGAACAGUCUGCCUAUGUUAGCCGUGCCCCUGUGGGAACUCCUCGUUCUUCCCGAAAAUGUACUCAUUGCAAAAAACUUGGUCAUACUAGGGAUUUUUGUUGGGACCUGUAUCCAGAGAAGAAGGAUAGUAGGGGGAGGUCUUCGAGUGGGAAGAAGCCUGUAUCGUCUGCAACAAGUCUGAGUGAUGGGAAAGGUUCUAUUUCUGCAGAGCAGAUUCGUGAGCUACGAGCAUAUUUGAGCAAGAUGGAUGUUGGUCAGGCAGAUACACCAGAUGAGGUGAAGAUCAAUCAGGCAUUGGCUGUUUCAGGGGGAGAAGGACUUGGUGACAGGGAAGAGGAUUGGGAUUGGUUUGGUGUCUGAUGGGCUGUAUCGGCUUCCUAUACGCGUUGUCACAGCUCUUAUGUCAGCCGUCAGCAGAACAGAGAAGAAGGAGGAAGAGUGUCG